GCAGUUCGCUGGCGGAAAGAAAAACUGAGGCGAGUAAGUCGUGCUAAACUGAAAGCGUAAAAAAAAAUGUUUUUUUAUUAUUUCUUAAGAAAGCAGUUUUAACACGAGCAUGGAUGGUGUGUGUUGCUGAAGUAGCGGAAGUACGGUCGAAAGCAGUAAGUUGUGUACGGUACCAAAAAGUGCUAACGGACGUGGGAAGUUAGUUUUGUCAAGUUGAACGAACGUUAAGCCAGACCUAAGGGGCACCUCACAUCAUGUCUAAGGAUGACCAUGGUGUGGAUAUUCAGCCAAGGACUGAAAAUGAUAGAAAACGUAAAUUACCAUGUGAUGUAAAGAGGGAUAUAGAACUGUUGUAUGAAGCUGUGCCCCAGCUCUCCAAAGUGUUUACCAUUAUUGACAGGAUUGGUGAAGGUACAUUCAGCUCAGUGUACUUGGCAGAAGCCCGGAUGAAGAGUGGGAUCACGGAGAAGUUUGCUCUGAAACACCUUAUCCCCACCAGCCACCCAAUACGGAUUGCUGCAGAGCUGCAGUGUUUAACUGUUGCUGGUGGGAAAGAAAACGUCAUGGGAGUAACGUAUUGCUUCAGAAAAGAUGAUCACAUAGUCAUCGUUAUGCCAUACAUGGAACAUCAGGCAUUUGUGGACAUUUUAGGGUCCCUGAGUUUCGAAGAAGUACGACAGUAUAUUUAUCACUUGCUCAAAGCCCUUGCACACAUCCACCACUUUGGAAUCAUCCAUCGGGACAUCAAGCCCAGUAACUUCCUGUACAACCGGCUGGAAAAGAGAUAUGCCCUUGUGGAUUUCGGCUUGGCUCAGGGCACCUCGGACACACAGAUCGAGCUCCUCAAGGCUCCCACGGUGAAGCGCCCCCUGGAGAGCAGGUCUGCAGCUAGGCCCACAGCCUCCUCUGGGAACAAGGCACCAGCGUGCGCAUCGAGCACUGCAGAAUCCACAACUCAGCACUCCUCUACAGCACUACCUAAGAGAUCGCUGUCAGUGGCACGGAUGAAAUACGGCAAGGAAUCUGUGACCAUUGGUCCAGCGCAAAGGUCUGUGUUUGGGGAGAGAAACCUGAACAGCUUACAUUCCAUAGAAGGGGCCAUCCUCAAGCAGCUGGUGAGGCCAACAGCGAGGAAGACAGUUGUGCCAAAGCGGAGAGCCACCCCAGCUAAGGCACUAGCAGCCAGCCAGAGGCCCAAGAUCAGCAGACUGGGGCCAGGCCUCACCUGCAGCUGCUACAUGACGGACCGCGUGUGCAAUGUCUGUCUGUCCAGGAAGCAACAGGUGGCCCCCAGGGCAGGCACUCCUGGCUUCAGAGCACCUGAAGUCCUUACCAAGUGCUCCAAUCAAGGAACAGCAAUUGACAUAUGGUCUGCGGGUGUGAUUCUGCUCUCGCUGCUGAGUGCCAGAUACCCAUUUUUCAAAGCGAGUGAUGACCUGGUGGCUUUGACACAAAUCAUGACCAUACGGGGAUCCAAGGAGACCAUACGGGCAGCUAAGAAGUUUGGCAAGGCAGUGCUGUGCAGCCAUGAGCUGCCAACCCAGGAUCUCCGUACCCUGUGUGAGAGACUGAGGGGCACCCAGCCAUCUGCAGAGGACAAAGUGAAAGAUUUAGACAGCCUGGACAAGCAGCACCCCCUUGAUCGAGGUACCACGGAGGAGGACAAGAGAGGGUGGGACUGUGUACCUAAUGCUGUCUAUGAUCUACUAGACAAACUCCUUGAUUUAAAUCCAGCUACAAGGAUAACAGCACCCAAAGCACUGCACCAUCCACUCUUCAAAGACUUACGAUAACAUUUGUUUCACAAGAGAUGAGCAAGCCGCUCACUGGUGGUGCUAUUUUACACUUGAAUAGUUUUUAUACCCUUGUCCUGUAAUCCUUUGUAUUGUGUUGCGGUGGCACUCAGCCUCUUCCUGUUCCUGGCAAUCCAUCACAAGGCACGUGGCAGGAAGGGAUGUAUGGAUUUCCUGUUUUUCAUUAGUGUGCCAUUUGCAGCAUGGACUAGCAGUGCAGCCCUUUAAAUAUAUUCACCCAUUUGUUUUAGCUUUUAUGUCAUGUUUAUCAUUUU